AUGGCUACCACAAAUCAUAGACGGCCAAAGUCACCAUCAAGGCCCCCAAGGAAUCAAGAGACGGGAAGCAGAUACCUUCUCAAGAGCUUUCUGUCUGGAGUCUUGGCUGUCCUGGGAGCCUUGACCUACUAUAUUGCUUCAGGCCAAGUUGGAGCAGAGACCGCACAGUGGCUGGCAGACCAUGCCUCGAUCAUACCUGCCACUGGAAAUCUGGCCAGGCUGCUUGCCAACCCAGUUCAGCAGGCUGUCAAUCCAAUCCAAGAGGUUGCAAGCUCGGUCCAGCAGAUCGACACGCCUACUCCCAGGCAUAUUAUUGUCUCUUACCAACCACUAAUCAUUAUACUGGAGGACUUCCUUUCCCAAGGUGAAGCAGCUUACAUUGAGAAUUUAGCGCAAGGAGGUGGCUAUAAUGUCUCGCAUAGAGGGGAGUCUACCGUCCCGAGCUCGCCGAGAAGCUUGAAGUUUUCCGUUCCCACCACGGACCCCAUCCUGCAACGUGUAGUCACACGGGCCUCGAGCUUUCAGGGCUUUCUGCCGAAAGAACGAAUGCACGCAAAGGUGAUAAGGUACGCCGCCGGCCAGCGAGAAAAGCCACAUUAUGUCCAGUCACAUCGUGAGAAGCCGCGGAAGGCCGCUCGCAAUGGCGAGGCGACGAAUGCAUGCAUGGUUGCUGGGGCGAAACCAAGGCACAACGAUGCAGACAACGCGAGGGCGCAUGGCCACAGAAGAGGCCAUCACAAGCAAUCCCACCACCAUAGCCGACGCAAAAAGGGGCUGAACCCUGGGUUCGGAUGUCAUAGCAACGGCGUCAGCGUCGCGGAUAGGCCCGAAUGGGAAGCGACAAUAUCGGUCGUUCUCAAGGCGACUUGUGGCGGCGGCUGCGGCACGCAGUUCCCCAAGAUACAUAUCGACUGGUCGACAGAGGAUCGUCGCUGGUGUGACCUCGUGGAUUGUGAUGAGAAGGUUCUCACCAUCAAGGCGAAGCCAGGAAACGCAAUCUUUUGGAAGAAUACCAAUGCCGUGGGCGGCCGUGACGAUGCCACUUUGCACACGAGUUUGUCGGUGCCGAACGGCAACAAGGUCGAGUUGAACAUUUGGACACUCAACGGGAUGCUGCCAGCUGCGUAG